CCAAGAUGGGUACACUUAUGGGUGUAUACCUUCCUACAAUCCAGAACAUAUUUGGUGUCAUCCUGUUUAUUCGUUUGUCAUGGAUAGUAGGCAUAGCAGGAACUCUACAAGCUUUCUUUAUCGUCUUCAUUUGUUGCUGUUGUACUAUGUUGACUGCCAUUUCUAUGAGUGCCAUCGCUACAAAUGGAGUUGUUCCAGCUGGGGGAGCUUAUUUCAUGAUUUCACGAGCCCUUGGGCCUGAAUUUGGUGGUGCUGUUGGGUUGCUCUUCUACCUUGGAACCACAUUUGCUUCUUCUAUGUACAUCCUUGGAGCAAUUGAAAUACUCUUGACAUACAUGGCUCCGUCGAUGUCACUCUUUGGAGAUGUUAGGUCAGGAGGUGGUGCUCAGUCCCCAGUGAUGUUAAAUAACAUGCGCGUGUAUGGCUCUAUUCUUUUGGUCUUCCUCAUAGCAGUUGUAUUUAUUGGUGUCAAGUAUGUCAACAAAUGUGCCUCUCUCUUCCUGGUGUGUGUGUUGUUCUCUAUUCUGGCCAUUUAUCUUGGAUUUUUCUCUGCACAAGCAAGGGAAAUGCCCAGGACUUUGUUUUUUUCAAUAUUUGUAGAUAACUGGAAGAGUAAAUAUCUCAAGAAGGAUGAAGUCUCUCCAGGUGUAACGGCUGGUGAAUUUCAAGGAGAAGUGAGAUCAGACAUAACCACAUCUUUCUUCAUUCUAUUGGCAAUUUUCUUUCCUUCUGUGACUGGAAUAAUGGCAGGGUCUAACAGGUCUGGUGACCUGCGGGAUGCUCAGCAGUCAAUUCCUAAGGGUACAAUAGCUGCAAUUACCACAACAUCUGUUGUCUAUCUAACUUGUGUGUUGCUGUUUGGAGCAACUGUACAUGGAGAACUACUGCGGGACAAAUUUGGUCGCAGUAUCAAUAGUGUUAUGGUUGUAGCCGAGAUUGCUUGGCCUCCUACCAAAUGGGUGAUUCUUAUUGGUUCAUUUCUAUCAACUGUUGGUGCAGGCAUGCAGAGUUUAACUGGUGCACCCCGUUUGCUGCAAGCCAUUGCUAAAGACAAUCUGAUUCCGUUUCUGAAUAUCUUUGCUUAUGGUUCCAAGUCUGGAGAGCCAACUCGUGCCUUGAUGCUCACAGCUUGUAUUUCAGAAAUUGGAAUUCUGAUUGCCAACUUAGACUCAGUUGCGCCAAUUAUCACCAUGUUCUUUUUGAUGUGUUAUGGGUUUGUCAACCUGGCCUGUGUGUUGCAGUCGCUGCUCAGGACGCCAAACUGGAGACCACGAUUCAAGUAUUACCACUGGUUCACGUCGUUCGUGGGUAUGUGCCUGUGCUUGGCUCUAAUGUUCAUCUCGAGCUGGUAUUACGCGCUAGUCGCUAUGAUCUUAGCAGCUGCCAUUUACAAAUACAUUGAAUUCCAAGGAGCAAAGAUUGAGUGGGGAGAUGGUUUCAGGGGACUGGCACUGAGCGCAGCCAGAUACAGCCUGUUGAGAAUGGAGGAAGGUCCACCCCAUACUAAAAAUUGGAGACCUCAGAUUCUUGUUCUUUGUCCGCUUAAAAAGAAUUCUGAACCUGAAUCCAGUCGCCUGUUGAGUCUGGCGAGUCAACUUAAACAUGGGCGUGGUCUUACUAUAGUGGGGUCCAUUUUAGAAGGAGAUUUUAAGGAAAGAGCAGACGAUGUGGCUUUAGCAAAGGAGGUUUUACACGAUUGUAUGAAAGAGGAAAAAGUUAAAGGGUUCAUGAAAGUAAUCGUGGCUUCCACAGUGACAGAAGGAAUAUCAUUCUUAGCGCAGAGUUCUGGCCUUGGAGGCCUGGAGCCCAAUACACUGAUGAUCACUUGGCCUGAGAACUGGCGGGAAAGAUCACAGUGGAAGAGUUUUGUUCAUACCAUCCGCUGCGUGUCUAAAGGUCAAGAGGCGCUACUUGUAGCUCGCAAGAUAGACGCGUUUCCUAGCAACGCAGAACGCUUGGAAGGCAAUGUGGACGUUUGGUGGAUAGUACAUGACGGUGGUUUGAUGAUCCUGCUUAUCUUCCUUCUUAAACAGCAUAAAGUUUGGAGGAAAUGUAAUCUCAGAAUUUUUACAGUUGCACAACUCGAAGACAACAGCAUCCAAAUGAAGAAGGACCUGGAGUCCUUCAUGUACCAGCUCAGAAUCAAGGCUCAAGUUGAAGUCAUCGAAAUGAUGGACCAAGAUAUCUCGGAAUACACUUAUGAGCGUACACUAUUGAUGGAACAGCGGCAUCAAUUGUUACGUGAAAUGCAUCUCUCGAGAAAAGAAAGCAAGCGAGAAAUACAAGACGUGCUCGAACAUUCUCACAGCAGACGGUCACUCUCCGGACGAAAAUCGAAUUCCGAACGCAAAACUGGAAAUCAAACAGAGGACACGAGUAACCCUGACAACGAAUCGAACCUUGCCGAAAGGCUUCCGAGUACAUCCGAUAAGUAUACGAAAAGUGCCGAGAAAACUCCGACUGUGAGUGUCGAUGGUACCACGGAGUUCGGCGAUGAUAAGAGUAAAGCGAACACUGGAUACAGUACAACAUCAGCCCACGAGUUUGUCAUUUCUAGCGUUAACAAGGAUGAACUUGUAGAUAAAAACUGGGACAUUGAUCAGGGAAAGGAUGGCGGCAAUGCUUCGCCCAGGGCACAGGGCCAAAGUACGGCUGAUGGGAAAGAGAGCUUGAGAGGAACACCGAAGGAGAAGAAUUUAAGAAGAAUGAACACAGCAGUGAAGCUAAACCAGCUGGUGAAAGAUAGGUCAACAGGAACUCAACUUCUUGUUAUCAACUUACCUGGAGCGCCAACAGACGAGAACGACUGGUUGCACUAUAUGGAGUUUCUAGACGAGCUCACAGAGGGACUGGACCGAGUGCUCAUGGUGCGCGGUGGAGGACGGGAAGUCAUAACCAUUUACUCGUGACAUGAAUCACUUGGCUGGAGAUACCUUCAGUACAAUUGCUUUGCAGGAAAAAAAACUGCAGAAAAUCAGUUUUAUGAAACUCAUGGUAAAGAACUUGGAGAUAACUGCGGCCAGUUACAUUUCUGAAAAACGGAAGUUCGCGUACAUUUUUAUCAGUGUGGUUUGAUUACCGUGGUUUAAAUCUAUUUAUUAUUGUUGGGAUAACAGUAUUUAAGUUUUAACCUUUUAUUUAUUUGUGAGUGAAUACGUACAGAAUCAAGAAGUGUAAAUAAAGCUGUUCUUGAACAUUUUCUUUGAUUACAAAAAAGUAACGCAAAAUGGUGAGCCAUAAUUUGCGAGAAUCGGCGUUAAAAAACUGCAGAAUUACUAAAGGGUUUUUGUGUGAACGGAAAACGUUUUGUAGACGAAGCUUUUCCAAAACGAUUGCGUCACAAUAAUCGUGAUUGCCCUAACGAGGUUUUCCUCAAACUCAAAUCCAAAAUGACCGGCGAUUGUUGCGUUAUUAAAUUCCUCCGGCCUUGUGUGGACGGAAAGCAUUUGAUGCGUUUUCAGAGUGAAACCUCGCGAUCCGUUUUCUAAUUCCUCGGGCGUAGUGUGGACGGGGCAUAAGUCCAUACAUUCUCCUAAAAAUUUUGAGUUUAUCAACCCGCGUCACCAAAAAUACCCAUCUAUAGUGCAUCGGCCUCAAAUUUUAGGACCACUAUAGUCAUGGCCUUUCAACUUAAGGUCAUUCCACUGAAA